AGCAGAGGUUCAUCAGGAUUGAGUGGGUCCCCUCACAUGAGAGCGCAGAGAAAAAAAAGAGACUGUGGAAGAGAAAGAAACUGAUAAAGAACAAAGGAGGGAUCGAGCAAAAUAGAGCAACGGACAGAGGGAAGAAAUAGAGAGAAAAAUACAGGACAACGAUCCCGAAACACAGGAGAGAUGGGCAACAGCAAAAGUGUCUCCCUGUCCAAGGAUCUCCUAGAGGAGCUGAAACUGAACACCAAGUACAGCGAGGAGCAGCUAUGUACCGGGUACCAGACCUUCCUGAAAGAGUGUCCCAGUGGGCGAAUCAGCAAGCAGCAGCUUGAGGCCAUCUACAUCAAAUUCUUCCCCGACGCAGACCCCAAGGCUUAUGCACGCCACGUCUUCAGGAGCUUCGAUUCCAACAGUGAUGGGAUGCUGGACUUUAAGGAGUACAUCAUGGCCCUGCACUUGACCUCCUCUGGGAGGACCAUACAGAAACUGGAGUGGGCGUUCAACCUGUACGACAUCGACCGCAACGGAAGCAUAACCAAGAAGGAGAUCAAGGAGAUCGUCGAGUCGAUAUUCAACAUGAUCUCCAAAGAGGACCAGAAGAAUCUUCCUGAUGAUGAGAACACACCAGAGAAGAGAGCUGAUAAAAUCUGGGACUUCUUCGGCAAGAAAGAAAAUGAUAAGCUAAAGGAGGAGGAGUUUAUCCAGGGAGUGAUGGACAACCAGAACAUCCUCAGACUGGUGCAGUUUGACCAGCCACAGAAGGUACAGGCGAGACUAAAGGAGAUGAAACAUUAGCAGCUGACUUCGCCAUCUUUUUUUAGGUUUUUUUCACUUCAACUUCAUAUAUCCAGGUUAGUCUCACUGGGACAAUAUAUUCACAUCAAGAGAGACCUGAAGCUUGCAAUUUUUGUUGUUAAGUUUGUAACAUAGUACUUGUUCAAGUGUGCCGUUGGAACAGCACGUUUUUGUGGUAUCUUUGUGACAUUACCGUAUAUUAAUUUUUAUUAUUUAGUAAUCAGUAGCAGAGAUUUGUUUCAAACACAAAAUGUAAUACAAAAUUCCUUUUAACGUAUAUAUUCCUUUAAGGAUACAUUUUAGAUAUGACAAAUACAUGAUAAUACCCACAUCAUGCACAUUACGGUAAUACUUAUCCUUCACACUGUACUUUGUCAAAGACCAAUAUUAGUAUGUUCAAUACCAACACUUACCUGUCAAUGCUCUACUGUUUUGAGUCUAUUAAAUGAUGUUUAUAUAUCUGCCGUUAGUACCUUUAUGUGAUAAAGUUUCA